UUUUUUAAAACAAAUGUAAACUGAAGGCGCCUGGAAAUUUGAAUUAAAAUGUGUUCUAGUGCCAGUCGGCAUUAUUCAUAGAGUUUCUGUACCCUGACGCCGCUGAAAGUGGCUUAGAGCUGUGUUUGCGGGUUGUCUGUUUUUGUUUGUCUAUAAGAAAAUACGAACCUGAGUCGUCGCGUCGAUGAUACCGAAACGCAAAACGAAAGAAAACGAGAAUGCAGUCGAAAAAUUAUAAGUAAUCGAAAAUAAGGCAUAAAAUAACAGUUAAAGAGACAUCUAACUGUUGUCUGGCCGAUGAAAAAAGGAGUGCGAAAAGUGCGCGAGAAAAAUCACCGAAACCGAAUUGCAAGGAGGAGGGAAAAGUGUGUAUGGUUCGGAUUUCGAGUUGAAAAGCGAAUAAUUUAUGCAAUUUUCAAAGGCAAACAGAAAUUAAGCGUCUGUCUGCCAUGCCAGUGAAUGUGUGUGUGCGUGUCCCGUGUCUGUGAGUGUAUAACAAAAGCAACAACAACUACAGGAGAGGCAAAGGACAGGAUCAACGUGCCGCGCCGCUCGGGGUAGUUUGUUUGAACAACACAGACCAUCCAAACCAGGAGGCGGACGGAGAGUGGGAGGAAAAGCAGGAGCAGGAGUUGAGGGCUGGCUGGGAGAGCGUGGAGCACUCACACGGGCACACACUCCUUUGUGCGCUUUUGCCGCCUGGAAUGCAAUGCUACAACAACAACCACAGGAUGGUCUGAAGGGGAGGAAACGCUUAAUUGUUUGCAGCAGCAGCGGCAGCAUCCCGAAAUCGCAAACAAACGACUGCAUUUACGGCUCCGUGGGAUACUUUUUUGUGUGCUGAAAGCAGAUGCACGCCGACUGCUUGGAGAGAGGAGAGUGCAUUAUCCCCCGCUCAUCACUUGGCUUUUCCAAUCAAAAUGAAACAAAAGUAAUCAAAUGAAUAACAUACAUACAUCUAGAAGGAAACCAGUCAAUCCGAGCGAAUAACUGAACGAAUAACGAAAUCCGAAAUUCGAAAUUCGAAAUUCGAUCGACCCUAACCAUAUCGAGAGCAAGUCACAUAAAACUAAGGAAAAAUGGAUCUAAGUCUGGAACGCGAUAGCUCUGCUCUGGGGAGUCUUUUCCAACAGAUUAUCAAUGACAUGAAGAACACCUCUCCACUAUGGGAUGACUUCGUGGCAAAGGCCAGCAAAUUGCACACAUGCUUGAGGGCUGCCAUACAGGCAAUCGCCGCCUAUUUGGAUGCCUUCCAGAAGAUAGCCGAUGCGGCCACCAAUUCCAGAGGCGCCUCCAAGGAAAUUGGCACCGCCCUGACCCGGGUCUGUCUGCGCCACAAGGCAGUGGAGACCCGCUUGAAGACCUUCACCAGCGCCAUUAUGGACUGUCUGGUGCAGCCGCUUCAGGACAAGAUCGAGGACUGGAAACGCACCGUGGCCACCAUCGACAAGGACCAUGCCAAAGAAUACAAGCGCUGCCGGAGUGAGCUGAAGAAGCGGUCCAGCGACACGCUGCGGCUCCAGAAGAAGGCCCGCAAGGGCCAGACCGACGGCCUCCAGUCGCUGAUGGACUCGCACAUGCAGGACGUGACCCUGCGCCGGGCCGAGCUGGAGGAGGUGGAGAAGCGUUCGCUGCGAGCGGCCAUGGUGGAGGAGCGGCUGCGCUACUGCAGCUUCGUCCACAUGCUGCAGCCGGUGGUGCACGAGGAGUGCGAGGUGAUGUCCGAGCUGGGACAUCUGCAGGAGGCCAUGCAGUCCAUUGCUCUGGUCACCAAGGAGCCCAGUGUCCUGCCGCAGGCCUCCGAGGAGCUCAUCCACGAUGCCAAGGCCAGCAUCAAUCUCUAUCCGGAGUCGCCGGGCGGCGGAUCCGGCUCCCAGGGCGGCGGCUGCUCCAACUCUCUGGGAUCCAGGAAGAGCUCUGUCUGCUCCAUCAGCAGCAUGAACAGCAGCGGCUCCAGCAACUCUCCGGGCCAUCAUCACUAUCCGCGCUCCCUGUCGCAGGUCUCGAACGCAACGAACCAGACGGCAAAUGUGUCGACAUGGCCGCCACAUUCCCAGGACGUGGUGGACACCCUCCCGCCCACGGCCGACCGACCGCACACCAUUUCCACGGCAUACGAGAAGGGUCACCAGCGCCCGCCACUGACUGUGUACACGUUCCAGAACCCAGAGACCAUCCACGAGUCCGGGAGCGGCAACGGGAUCAACAAUGGGUCGGUGGCCCCCUCCAACGGACAGCCAUCGUCGGGCCAGACCACACCGGCCACCCAGAAGUCUCCGGCCGCAUCGCUCAGUCGUCCGCCUCUGCCAGUCCGCUGCUCGUCGCUGGAGCGUCCGCUGUCGGCGCAGAGCAACCACCGUCAGGGCAGUGGAAGCGGCGGCCUGCUGCAGCGUCAGUGCCCCUCACCGAUACCGGCUCAUAUCACGAAAGAGCUGUCCGCAGCACAUCAUGCACAGCAGCAGCAGCAGCUCCAGCAGCAGCAGAGUCCGCCCACAUACGUUAACAUGUCCGAACUGGCCAACAUGGCGGCCUUGAAGCUCACUAACCACCACCAGCAGCAGCAACAGCAGCAGCAGCAGCAGCAGCAGCAGAAGCCCACGCCACCGCCUCUGCAGCAGCAGAGCUCCAUUGAUUCGAUCUGCUCGCAGCAUUCCAACGACUCCUCGGGCUCCCAUCAGCUUCUACAGCAGCAGCAGCAGCAGCAAGCGCCUCACGCUGCCCAGCACCAUGCCACACGCUCCCAUUCCAUAUCCUCGACGGCCUCGUCGCUGCACUCGCAUCCAUCGAUCGACUCGACGGUCGCUUGCGGCUCCCUCGUGGGCCAGCACACCCACAGCACCAGCACCAACACGAACACCACCUCGCCGUCCAGUGGCAGCUCCACGCCCCAGAACCAUUACUCGCCCCUGUUAACCAACUCACCCACGUCCACUGCCGCAGGUACGCCCAGUGGAAGCAGCAUCAGCACGGGCACGGGUACCGGCGCCGGACUGGGAUUCGUCUACCAGGUCAGCUCGCCCACGCCGCCGACGAGCGAGGUGCAGGUGCAGGUGCUCAAGAUCACCGAGCAGGCGGGAUCGCAGCCGCCGGCCAGUGCCGAGGACACGGACGAACGGUCGCGUGCCUCUGUCCUGCAGAAGGCCUCCAUGUUCGAGAAGCAGGCGGCAGCCGUAGCAGCAGCGGCCGGUAGUGUGUCGCCUCCUGUUCCGGCCACGGGUCCAUCCCCUGCAGCAGCCGCCCCCAGUGCAGGGGGACCGAAGCGGUCCGAGGCCGAGCAGCAGGAAAUGGACUCGUUUCAACGUGAGAUUGAUGAGGGCAAGGGCAAGCAGAACAGCAACAGCAACAGCAGCAACAACAACCUGACAACGAGUAGCAGCAGCAGCGAGAACAACAACCUGCCCGCCGCCUGCAUCGGCAGCACCGCCAGCACCACCAACAUCGAUUUGUGCGGCAUCAGCAACCAGACCAACUCCAGCGGUUGCGGCACGGACAUGUCGGACACCACCUCCGAGGAGCUGGCCGGAGAAGAGGGGGGCCACCUGAUGGACCCCACGCUGGCGGAGGCCAGGCGGCGAGAACGAGAGCUUCUGGGCGCCAGCGAUUCGGAGCUGAGUCGCUGCUAUGUGAGCGAGACGAGUUCGCUGACCGGCGGCCUGACAGCGGGCGGCUACGAGAACCCCACGUUCGCCCACUUUGUGGCGAGUGCGAGCCGCGACGACCCCUACAACGGGGGCAUCUCGCUGGCCGCCUCCGACAGCAUCUGCCUGUCGGGGCAGCCGCGGCACGCCUACGUGGACACCUGCAGCGACAGCGGCAGCGCCGUCGUGGUGAUCUACGACCACCAGAUCCCCAACACCCCGGACAUUGAGUUCGUCAAGCAGAACUCGGAGAUAGUCCUGCUGCGCACCAAGGACCCCCAGGUGCAGUCGCAGCUGCAGCUCCACGAGAUGCGCGAGCUGCAGCAGCUGCCCUCGAAUCUAGUCGGAUCCCCGGACUCGCCGGACUCGGGCAGUGGCAAGGCGCCCCCGCCGGCAACAGCAACUGUGGCGCCCGCCAAGCAGCGACUCUCCUCGUUUCGCGCCUCCAGCGAGCAGCAGCUGCAGCUGCUCGGACGCGGCAGUCCGCAAAGAGGUAAAGCAAACCACGUCGAUCAGCCGCCCCAGCAGCAGCAGCCGGCACAAGGGACAGUCAGUGAUAACGGUAGCCUCCCAGUAGAGCCUCCUGUGAUGCGGCGACAGCUGCCCCCAAAGCCCACCAGCCUCUCCCUGAGCCUUUUCAAUGGUACAGGUACAGGUACGGGGUCGGGGUCGGGUUCGGGUACGGGUUCGAAUCAGCCUCCCAGUGUGGCCGACAAGCCAUUGAUACCCCGAAAGUCAGACUUUAAGGCCGACUUAGAUGCCAAAAUACGCAGGCAGAAGCAGAAGGUUCAACAGCAAUUACAGCAGCAGCAACAGCAACAGCAGAAGCAGCAACAAACGCCACAGCAGCCACUGCAACAUCAGCAGCAGCAACAACAACACUCACCACAGUCGCACCAAACCAGAAACUGUAAUGUCACUAAUGGCCCAGCAGCAGCCGUUGUUAUUGCAUCCGCAUCAGAUCCAAUCUUAAGCCCGCAUCCAUACCAAAACCAAAACCACAACCAAAAUCAUAGAAUGCCAAGCCAAAAUCAGACAACAGCAACAUCCAAUCAUAAGCAAUACCAGACGCCCCAAGCAGCUGCGACAGCAACAUCAAAAACAUCAGCAUCUCCUCCAUCUGCAACAAUAGCUAACCCAGCAUUAUCAUCAUUGUCACCUCGCGGCGGUCUGCCACAGCCAUCAUCAUCAUCGUCAUCACCACCACCAUCAGCGCCACCACCCGCCCAUCCAUAUGUGUGCUCCUCGAAUGCCGCCAACCCCCAAGCCAACCAUCAAGCCAAUACGAAUACGAAUUCCACUGCCAAUGCCAAUGCCAGUCUCAAGCCAGGCAUUACGCCCAGGCCGGCCUCGUUGUCGGGAGGAGCAUUAGGAGGAGCAGGUGGCUCAACGCGGAUCGCACGUCGUUCGUCCAUCAAUCAGGCCAAGCCACCGCCGCCAGUGCGACGCAGCUCCUCGGUGACACCCAGUCCCAAUGCUUCGGUGGGUUUAAUUAUGCAACAACAGCACGCGACGCAUCUGCAGCUGCAACAUAACACGCCGCUAAGCAGCUCCAGCGAGCAUCUACCACCGCCGCCAGCCUUUAUGCUGGAGUCCAUGUCCAGCGCUUCUCCAGUGGCCAUGCCGAGCUCCGCUCUUAAGGUGUCGGAGACGGUGCGAGCCCUGGCAGCCAUGCGGCAUCAGCCGGCAUCGCCUGGUACGCUAAGACGUAUACAGCAGCAGCAGCAGCAACAACACCAGCAACAACCACAGCAACAACAAUAUCAACCCCCACUGCAGUCAGUGCACAACUCCCCCAUGAACGACGACCCGAGCUAUGAGGCCUACUAUGACUCCUAUAUGGAUCUGCAGGCCUAUGCUCAUGCCUUGGCCAAUGGCCAACAGCAGCAGCCGGGCCAGCAGAUGCCACCACCCCUGCCACCGCCCAACCAGCAACGCUUUCAACAGCAGCAGCAACAUGUGGCACAAAAGCCGCCAACGCCACCUGUCUACCACGCCCCACCAGCACCACCGCCUACAGCGGAUGCCACGUUCCGCACCUCGUCACCGGCCGCAGGCGGAGGAGGCGGUGGGGGCAUCUAUGCCCAACCCAAGCUGGUCAACAGCAUGUCCAGCUUCCGCACCAGCAGCCCAAGUCCCAAUGGGCAUGGGCAUGGGCAUGCGCACCCACUGCCACCGACACAGCCCAAGGCGAAUCCGAAUCUAAUUGCACAGCUGAAUGCACGACUCAACAGCAAGCAGCAGCAGCAGCACCAUCAACAGCAGCAUGCUUCCGACGGCAUCUACGGCAACCAGCAGCAACUUGGAGGCGAGUCGAUCUACACGCGGAGCGGCCUGUCCAUGUCCCAGCCGCAACAGCAGCAACACUAUGACGGUAAAUCUGAGCACCAACAGCCACUGCAACAACAGCAGCAGCAUAGAAUUUACGCUAGUUUCGGCACCUCGUCAUCAACUCCAUCAACAGCGGCCGCAUUGGCCAGCAGCAUUCAGGCAGCAUCCAUUCUAACACCGGCCACCUCAUUCAAUGCACUGCCACACUUUCCUCUGUCUUCAUCCACAUCAUCGUUGCUCUCCAAAGUCAGUUCAUUCUCAAACUCAUCAUCCGCCUCCCCAUCAGCAUCAGCAUCAGCGGCGGCAGUGGCGUCGGCCAACUCCGCCAACAGUUCGCACUAUCAGCCGCCUCAAGCGCCGAUGGCAGCCGCAGCUAGCAGUAAAGAUUUGGGCAACUAUUCAAGUUCGUUUAACAAAAAUUCAGCAGCUGCCCCAAUCUUGAGCAUGCGACAGGCUCAGCAGCAGCAGCAGCAGUACCAACAUCUGCAGCAGCAGCAUUACACGUGCCCGCCUCCACUGGAGGAUCCGCCACCGCCACCCAUUUACAGUGCCGGAGCAUCGGCCACGAUGCCCAAGAAGAUGGCACGCCCCCAUGCUGGCCAGAGUGCGGCCUCUCAGUUGAGUGCCUAUGCAGCAGGUUCGGCCACGGCUACGCUCCCAAAAAACAUGAUGCAGCAGCAGCAACGUUUACAGCAGCAGCUCCAACAGCAGCAGCAGCAGCAGCAGCAGCAUCAGCAAUACCAACAGCCGGCAGGCAUGGGCAAUGGCAAUGGCCAUGUAAAUCAGCGUCCACAGUUGCCUCUUCCCCAGCAGCAGAUGCAGCAACAGCAGAAACUGAGAGCAGCUCAACAGCAACAUUUGGCGGAACAGCAGCAGCAGCAACAGCAGCGCCAGCCACCCAUACCGUCGCGGCACUCGAGUGUACAGCAAAAGAUAUUCGUGUCAACGAAUCCAUUCAUACAAACGACGACCGUCAAGUUCCAUUCGCCCUCAGCCUCGCCCACUUGCGGCUCGCCCGUAACUGGAUCUGGGUCUGUAUCCUCGGCUAGUAUUUAUGCCACAACGGCGCGUGGCAAUCACCACCAUCAGCAGCAGCACCAGCAGCAAAUACAUCAUCCACAACAGCAGCAGCAUCAACAGCAACAGCAUUAUUAUCGCGAGGUUGCUGGGGGCAACAGCAAUGGCGGCGCUGCUUACUACAACCACAAUAACGCCCAUGGCCAUGGCCACGCGAAUGCGAACGCCCAUGCCAAUGUCCAUGCCCACGCCCACAUGUCCCAUGCCCAGGCACAUCAUCCAAACUACGCCACAAGCACAAAUAUCGAAAAGACUGGCAGCAUUCGAGCCAAGACCAAGGCCGAGUUCCUCGAGAAUCUCAACGCGAAACUGGCCAAGCAGGGCAUGUCCGGCCGCGCAUUUGCCGUGCGAAAUCUCAUCAAUAGCAAGGCCCUGCCGGACCCUCGCAUCUGUCACGAGUCGUUGAUGGAUCAGAUAAAACGCGGAGCCCCCUUGAAACGUAACCAGAAGAUCAACGAUCGCAGCGCUCCUAAAAUACACUAAAUUAACGCAUAGACCUAAGCAAAAGAAUAUUAUUUAUUACUAUUAUUAACAUAUGAAAUAAUCAAGAGGCCCCGAGGCCUGCUCGAUUGCAGGCUAUUGCAGAGUUUGGUUUGAAACUGAAAACUCGUACAUACAACAUUCAACCUAAACAAACACAUAUGAUUACGGUACACUAUAUACAAUAUAUAAUGAUAUUUAACGAGCGUGUUAGGCCACACUCGCACUAAUCAACAACUCUCCCGAUUUCCCGUCUCCCAAAAAGCAUCCAAAAAGGAUUUAUUCUUUCGUUAAGUGAAUACGACAAAGAACAUGGAAGACAGUUGGUUAGCCCAUUCGUGUUUAUUUAUAAUUCAAUCUCGAAUUUACCUUUAAAUAUUAUAUUAUGUUUAUGUAUUUAUCAUAAUUUCCUUUCUUUAUGUACAUACAUAUAUCUGAAAAUGAUUUGAAAAACCAAUUGAAACUAAUCUGACGCCUAAUAAAUGGAAUAUAUCUUAUAUACAUA